AUGGUAAACAAGCCCAUGCGAGUACGAGCUCGUAUCUCGUACUCUCCUGAUACGGAAGACGGAUCCGUAUCGACGGCGAUCGAAUCCAAGCCGCCUGCCAAGCGUGGCAUGGACGAUGCUUUGCGUCGCAGCAUCUUUGGUUCAUCUGAUAAAUCAGAUGAACCAUCGCCGAAGCGAAGGCGCUCGAGGACGCGAGACUCGGGCGCUAACAGUGGUGUCGGUUCUCCUAUGGACACCACUUCACAGCGAGGUGCCAGUACUUCUGUCGGCACGUCGCAGGAAGAGCGGGACCGCAAUGUGUUGCUUCUCGCUCCAGAAUAG